UAUCAGAAUGUAUGUUUAUAUAUAUGUUUUGAUAAGCUACAAAUAGCAAUCAUAAAAAUCAACAAUAUAAUCAUUUAUAACAUUCUGAGAGAAAAGUGAAGAGUUCUUGUUAAUGUAAGAAAGGAAGAGAUAAUAUUAACCUCACAGUACAAGCACAAGAUGCGUACGAAUACAUUCUUACAGCAUGCCUCUCGCUGAAUUGUAGUGAAAUGUGAUCUCCUACUGCUGUCAGUAAUGGCAUAAAUGGAAUACAUCAUUAACAAUCAGAAAUUAAAAACAUGGACGCACAGAAAUUCUUAGCAACCACCGUUUUUAUUAUUUUUAAUAGCAUCUUAAUUACAAAGGGAGAAAAACUGAUUGUAUCGACAUUAAUUCAAGAUCCCUAUCUUAUCAACAAAACAAAGUCAGGAAAUGCACCAAAGUACGAAGGGUACAUUAAAGAUUUAUUGGACAAAUUAUCAAAAGAUGUAGGAUUCACGUUCGACUUCAUAUUCCCCGCUGAUGGGGAGUAUGGGAUACAAACUCCGAAUGGUACUUGGACUGGGACGAUUGCUGAUAUAGUGUCAAAGAGAGCACAAAUGAUAGCAGGGUCCUUAACUGUAACGUCUAAGCGUGCAGAUGUUGUGGAAUUUUCGUAUCCAUUCCAAAUUACAAACUUGGUUAUGGUUCUUAGAAGACCAGACCAAGCAAGGUUACCGGUUAUGGACCGGAUAAAACGCAUUUGGUCACCAUUUGAAUCAAGUGUGUGGCUUCUGACGAUUGCUGCUUUCUUUGUCACCAGUUCUGCGAUCUACGUUAUUUCUUAUUUUAACCCUUAUGAUUGGCGUAGAUUGGCACGUGAUGGAGAAGCAACCAUUAGAGAAAGGGAAUCAUUCACUUGCAUGAAUUCUUUCUGGUUUUCUCUAAGUGCAUUAACUCUUCAAGGCUAUGUCAGAAGUCCACGGUCAUUAGGAGCCAGGGUAGUGGUAACUGCUUGGUGGAUGUUUGUCAUCGUUUUCGUAUCGUGUUACAUAAGUAAAUUAACUGGUCUUCUGCAAAUACCUCCUAAUGAAGAGGAGAUUGAAGGAUAUAUGAAGUUUCAAGGUCUUCGAGAUGUUAUUAAUCGAGACAUAAAGUUCAUGGUCAUAAGAGGUGGCGCUGUAGACGAUCUGUUAAGGUAUAACACGCAACAAGAACACAUACAACGACUCGGCGCCGAACUUAAAUCAGGUGGAAGCGGCGAAUAUGUCGACAAUCUCAAGGAAGGAAUAAAAAAGCUUGAAAAUUAUCCUUCCGGUAAAAAAGCUUAUAUCACCGAAUCAUUAAUGGUGAAAUAUCAAACUCAGAGAUAUGGUUGUCAGUUUUAUUUUGUAAACGAGAAAACAGUUAAAAGACAAUACAGUUUAGCAUUUCCAAUCAACUCCACAUAUACUAACACUAUAGGACGAUAUAUUCUACAAUACCAUGAAGAAGGGUACUUAGAUUACUUAGAGAAGAAAUGGUUUACAGGUUCAUGUAACCAGUAUGUAUUUGAAGGCACUGAUGAAAAAUAUAAAAUUCCAGAAUUUCAUCCUUUAGAUACCGCCUCGUUUUCAGGUGUACUUAUUGUAGUAGCUGGUGGAAUCUUGAUUGGUGUAUUAGUCACUAUAGUUGAAUGCCUCAUAUUCAAAUGGGCAGAAUCGGGUGACCCCGUGCACCAUGAGCACGGACAUAAACAAGGAUCAAACCCUGAUGGAAUACAGACAACAUCAUCGUUACUAGAUCAGCAAAACGAUCGAUCUGACACACAAGUAUGAUAAGUCCAAAAAUAGAUGACAAAGUUUGAAUAUGUGACAAUUUUGAUAAACUUACGAAUUAUUGUGAUGAGAAUGUCUUAGAAUAAGUGUCACGUGAUAUUAAAAAAGCUUUACACCAAUUGAACAUAACUUACAUGGUUGUGCCUUAUUCAUUCAAAAAAUUACAACUUAUCAUUAGACGUUGUGUUGUUCAAUUCAAAUUUCGAACCACAGUGGUAAGCCAUAAUGCCAGGGCAUUCAUACAACUUGAUCAGAGCCUUAUUUUUAUAUGUGUGUAUUUUUACAGAGUUUGCUACCUCUUUUUGUGUAUCUUAUUUAUUUAUCUAUUUAUUGAAAUUUAGGUCCUUUGUUUUAUUUGUGUAACCAUGUUUUUUUUAGUUUGGAUUCGUGUUUUUUUCUCUCUUUCACCUUGAAACGGAUUUAAUUUAUUGAGUAUUAGUAUAUAUAUAUAAGACCUCUGCUAUGGACAUUCCAUUAUGUAUUGUAAAGAGAUAUUUACCCAAUAUUUCCAUGUAUAUGGCCAUUGUUACGUAGUUUGUUAAAUAUAUAGUGCAAUAUUUAUUCGACAUAUGUUCCUAAUCUAGAUAAUACUUGUAGAGUUUAUACAUUUGUAGAUAGGUAUUUAAAUAUUGUAUGCUAUUUUGCAGCACAGUUUCCUGAUUUAUCUUUGUGUUUACAUACAUCUGUGGAGAUUAAGAAUAUAAGAAUAAGACCGUAUAUUUUGUGUAGCAACAGAAAUAUUACUUUUUAAGUAUAUUUCUACUUGUCAAUAUUUUUAUAUUUAGUACUAAAGUGUGUUUGUGUGGAAGUUUGUUUAAUAAAAUCCCUGAAAAUA